CCCCCCCAGUCCCAGCUCUGCUGCUGUGGCAUGCCGCGUGAAAUCUUGUCAAUUCCUUUUAGACUCUCGCUUGAAGAUCUCCAUUUUUGUUUUCAUGCUCUUGCUCUUUAUCUCUCUCGGCGAAGAAACUUCGAAACUUUCUUCUCUGUCCGUGUCGGCUUCUCAGAUCUCCGCUGCGAUUCACUUUGAUGGAUCUGUGAAGCCGUCCGCAUUGUUGUUUUCGGUUCCGGUGCUGGUUUUUACACAGCCACACGCUUCUUUGCUCGUCCGCACGCACUCGAAGCCAUGCAGUCUCUUGGUUCGGGAAGGUAGGUGGCAGUGAACAGUGAACUCGGCCCCUAAUUCGUAUCCAAGGACAGCUUCUUCGGAACCCUAGAAGCCUUCUCGAGCUUGCCGGUGUUGGAUUCCGGUGAUAAUGUGUUUGAAGUCUGCUCCGAACAGAAGAUGCCAACCUUUAUACUUCUCCAUUUUGUUCUCAUUAUUUUGCCGGCUCUGGUUUCCCCUUGCUUAGGGAGGUCAAUGCCAACGAGUUCAUCAUUUGCUGCAUCAGCACUAACCCAUAUUCUCAGGCUCAAGCCUUCUAUGGCGUCCUCAAUUGUACCUGCUCCUUCUCCAAUGUAUCAAGGUCCUGUUCCUGGUCCUCAAAUAAGAACUUUGCCCAGAUAUCAUCAUCAUCAUCAUCAUCAUCGUCGUCAUGUUCAUGUUGUUAGACCCAUUUCAGUGUCCCCAGCUCCUGCUUCAGUACCAGGUUGUGGUCAAACAUGUGUGGAGCCUCUUACUUCAUCUCCCUUUGGUUCACCAUGUGGCUGUGUGUUUCCCAUGAAAGUCAGACUUCUCUUCGAUGUGUCACUUUAUGCUAUCUUUCCUGUCAUUAGAGAACUCGCAAUUGAGGUUGCAGCAGGAACAUAUUUAAGACAAAGUCAAGUAAUUAUCAUUGGAGCCAGUGCUGAUAGUCAAGAUCAGGGAAGAACAGUAGUGGAUGUUAAUUUGGUUCCUUUGGGAGAGAAGUUUGAUAAUACCACUGCUAUGUUGACUUCUGAGAGAUUUUGGCAGAAGAAGGUGCCUUUAAACAAGAACCUUUUUGGAAAUUAUGACGUGAUGUACAUUAACUAUCCAGGGCUUCCUUCAUCACCACCAUUUGAGGGUUACCAGGGUAGUGGUCCAAGUGGAAGUGCUGGUAAUCAGCAAUUCCCUGUUACUGCAAGUUUUGUCAAUAAGAGCCAGAAGAUGAACUCUAAAACUAUUUUCGUCAUUACUUUGUCUACGUUAGUACUCUUGGUGGUUUGCUGUGGAGCUGUUUCAAUCCUUUUAAGAUGGGGGAAUGUUGAAAGGCCAUCAAGUACUGUUGGUCCUGUCUUUAUGCCAUCUGCUAAUAAGAGGCCUGGACUUGGAUCUACCUUAGCUAGUAGCUUGACAAGCUCAACAUCAAUCUCCCUUUGUCCUACCAUGCCUGCUUCCCUUCUUUCUGUUAAAACAUUUGCACUUGCAGAGCUUGAGAAAGCCACAGAAAGGUUUAGCUCAAAAAGAGUUCUAGGUCAAGGGGGAUUUGGACGCGUUUAUCAUGGGAUCCUAGAAGAUGGAGCUGAAGUUGCAGUUAAAUUGCUUACGAGGAAUAAUCAGAAUGGGGAUCAUGAAUUUAUAGCAGAAAUUGGGAUGCUAAGCCGAUUGCACCACCGUAACCUUGUGAAACUGAUUGGUAUAUGUGUUGAAAAUCGCACACGGUGCUUGGUUUAUGAACUUGUUCCCAAUGGCAGUGUGGAGUCCCAUUUGCAUGGUGCUGACAGGAGAAAGGGGUCUCUUGACUGGGAUGCACGAUUGAAGAUUGCAUUAGGUGCAGCAAGGGGAUUGGCGUAUCUUCAUGAAGAUUCUAAUCCUCGUGUAAUUCACAGAGAUUUUAAGGCCAGUAAUGUCUUAUUAGAAGAUGAUUUCACCCCCAAGGUUUCAGACUUUGGGUUGGCAAGGGAAGCAACGGAAGGGAGUCUUCACAUUUCAACUCGGGUCAUGGGAACUUUUGGGUAUGUUGCCCCUGAAUAUGCAAUGACGGGACAUCUACUUGUCAAAAGUGACGUUUACAGUUAUGGAGUCGUGCUUCUGGAGCUUCUCUCUGGGAGGAAACCUGUGAACAUGUCUCAACCUCCUGGACAAGAGAACCUUGUGACUUGGGCUCGACCGCUAUUAAAUAGCAGGGAAGGAUUGGAGCGGUUGGUGGAUCCUUGCUUGGCUGGGAACUACGACUUUGACGACAUGGCAAAGGUGGCAGCCAUCGCUUCCAUGUGCGUUCACCCAGAGGUGGCUCAAAGGCCCUUCAUGGGGGAAGUUGUGCAGGCAUUGAAACUUAUAUACAAUGACACGGAGGACACUUGUGAAUACUUCAGUCAGAAAGAGUCUUCUGCUCCAGAGUCCGAAUUUAAAGGCGAUCUCGACCCUUCUGAUAGCAGUUGGUGGAAUGCCACACCGCGUCUCACUUACGGCCAUGCUUCUUCUUUCAUCACCAUGGAGUAUUGUUCUGACCCACUUGAAGAGAUGGAAAACAGACCGUUUUCGGCUUCAAGCUUGAACAGGGGGGGCGUCUUCUUACCUAUAAGGCAUGGAAAUAGGUCAGGCCCUCUAAGGACAGUUCGGAGCAAGCCAGCAUUCUACAGACCCAAGGGGAGUGUGAGUGAACAUGGCGGCCUUCCCUCCAGACGAGCUUGGAAUGGUGCCAGCGGCCUCGAAGGUUCCUUCUAGGACUGUUCCCCAAGUGUACAGAUCCAAGACCACGAUAAUUGAAGAUGUGGUCUCCCGGUGUAGCCUAGGUGCUUGAAUUGCGGCGCAGACUUUUUUUUUUUUUCUUUUGAUUUUGACAAUUACAAUUCAUUGCGAUACAAACAGAGAGAUGUAAGUUGGACACUCCAUCUCCAUGCUCAUGUACAUCACAUGUCCUCGAACACCACUUCCCUAUGAUUUAAUGCUUGGUUGUUAUCGUCUUUCACUACACUAUUUGUUCGCUUCCAAAGAAAUGUCUUCCAAGUUAUUUUCCA